AUGGAUAUGGAUUCACAGUGCACACCCAGAAAGAUCAGUAUUUCUGAAAGGUCCAUCCUUCCAGGAGCAAAGGCUGUUGAGAACGUGGAUUACCCGCACUACUGCGAUCUCUUAAGAAAAAUGAACAUGCCUUUUGUGAAAGGCGUCGAGGACAGACAUGACCAUGGCAGAAUUGAAAAGAAAUGCAAUCCUACUUUUCUUAAGUUUCACCCUUAUCCCCCUUCAGUCAUGCCAGACUAUCAUUUACACUAUCCUUAUCCCCCGCCAUAUGGGCAAGAUUAUCCACUAUUUCCACUUCGGGAUGAUGUGCCCUUGGGUGAUCCCUGUUCAGGGUUUUUGAGUCCUGGUGGUGAUGCUGAUUUAAAACCUGGCAUUGGCAGAACCAUACCAAACCUGGUGGAUUUCAGUGACGUGAAACCGCAGCAUCGAGUUCCCAGGCCAGACACAGGAUUUCAAACAACACUGAAAAGGCAAACAAUUUUAUUAGAAGAACUAAAACAAGACAGGAGAUGGGAUUCCAGGGCAACACCGGACAUUUCCAUCAGAGCAAGACUUGGAGGUUGGACAAGCCCACUGAAAGUUACUCCUUUACCACGUCAUCACGAAGCGUGCUCAAUAAAUCACACAUAUGUAUUUGAUGAAGAACCAACAUGCACGGAGGAUGGAGAAUCACUUUUACAGCCAAACAGGAAAUAUAACGCGAAGGACUCAUUUUACAAGUCCUCGACACAAAAAGCUUAUGAAGUUGUUCCUUGGGAUAAGAUGCUACCACCGAAACUCGAUCCAGAAGAAACAACAGUGGAAAAAGCUGCUGACCCGAUUUCACAGUGCUUUACACGGAAAAGAUAUGAAGGGGUACCAGCAAUAACCCAGAUGGUUGGUGGACUCUGGGACAGAUUUCAAACAAGAUCUUUCUUGGCACCCAUCAAGCCAGUGACUUUGGUUGAACAAAAUGAAACUUUUGGUGGGAAACAGGAGGCAAGUUUCACGCUGUCAGGAGGAAAUACAGCUGGCAUCCUCACCCCCUCUCGUGGCGGAGGCAGUAAGCCUCCGAGAGAUCCCGUCUCCGGUCCAGACCUGCGAGCUGAUGGGCCGAUUCCCCGGGUUCGAAUCUGGACCCUGACCCUCGGGCACACACCCGCGUCGCCGCCCCCUCUCCGCCAUCUGCCCCCUCCCCUGCCACUCUCUGCCAAUAUUCCAGGAUACACCGGUAAGGUUCAUUUCACAGCCAGCCACCCAGCAAAUUCUGAUAUUCCAUCAACGGCCCCAUCGCCAGACUCAGAAGUGUACCGCAUCUUACGGAAAGAAAUGGCAGUUGACCUCUUCCGUCACCAGGCACCGCUGUCUCGAAUGGUCACAACUGUAAAACCCUACAAUCCCUUCAAUAGGAAGGACAAGGAAAGUGUAGGCUACUGA